UGUCGUCAUUCCACCCAAGUCCGUUCAACGAACAACAUGAGGCAGUGCUUGAUAAUCAGCUUAAUCCUUUUGCUGUCAAAUGACAUUUGCGCAGCACCUGCAGCUCGCACGGAAGUCGACCCGGAGCUGACAGCUGGCUAUAGAGAAGGUGAUAUGAUUAUCAGUCCAGUGCAGCGAAAUGGACUGCGCGCAGAUAGCUAUCGCUGGCCCGAUCAAAUUGUCUACUAUUACAUUAACAGCAACAUCGAUCGGGCACAUCGUGAGCAAAUUCUUAUCGCAUUGAAUAAAAUCGAGGUAAGCUCCUGCUUGAGCUUUCGAGAAGCCUCUAAGGACCAGAAGUACUACGUGAAUAUAACCUCGGAGCCAGGCGGCUGCUUUACAGCUGUUGGCUUCCAAAACCGAGUUCAACAAAUGAAUCUGCAGUAUUAUCCCUUGGACGAGGGCUGUUUUCGCAUGGGCACCAUUAUGCACGAAAUGCUGCAUGCUCUGGGCUUCUAUCAUCAGCAGAGCUCAGCGGACCGUGACAAAUAUGUUCGCAUUGCCGUAGAAAAUAUUCAGGAAGGCAAGGAGCACAACUUCGAGAAAUUUGACGACAUUAUAGUGGAUAACUUCGACCAGGAAUACGACUAUGGCAGCGUCCUGCACUACUCGCCCUACGGCUUCUCCAAGAACGGCGAGAUGACCAUUGUGCCAUUCAAAGCAGGCGCGGAGCAGAUAAUGGGUCAGCGACAGCAAAUGAGCGACCGCGACAUCAACAAACUGAACAUUAUGUACAAAUGCCCCAGGCAAGUAUAGUCCAGAUUCGGGGAGCAUAGCAGCAGUAUAAUCAUGUUGCAAUGUAUAAUCCCUUUGCAGUUAAGGCAUGAGAGUUGCCGAAUUAUUGAUAUUGGCCAUCAGUAUUUUCGUGUAAAUAUUUGUUUAACUCAGUUUUCAAAAUUCUAAAAAAUCUCUAUAUCAUUCAUGCUCCGAAAAGCAUGCAAAUAUAUUAGCGCACAGGGUGCUUCAUUUUAUAGAUAACAAUAAAAACAACAAAAUCAUAAUAAUCAAUAUAAUAAGAGAACAUGAAAUCG